ACUAAUCUGUUCCCAGUCUUAUCUGAUCUACUCAGUGCUUCUCAGCAAUAUCAUACAGAUAAACUAUUAAGAUAACAGCGAGUGAGUUGCAUUUAACUAAUCCAAAGGCCUGAAACGGUGGGAACAAUGGAAGGGCAAGCCCUUUUUAUCUUGUCGUCAUAGCUGUACCAAAAUCUCUCCCCGAUAACAAUAUUGAAUUUCACAGCUCAAAUGGUUGACGAGAACGACGCGCUUUCAGCACAUCUUUUAAAGGGGAAGCAGUUGUUAGAGGCCCUCCUGUAAUGUAAGCGGCAUGGCUGCAUCUCAAGGCUAUAAUCGUUUUGAUCUAACUGUAUCUGAAGGACUUUACCAGGAUAAUGGCGAUAGUAAGACCAACCCGUCUCGAGGCGCUUUUGCUACCUGUGUCAGCAUCACAAAAUACAUUGUGUCAAUAAUCGUGAUGCUUUGCAUCCUUUUCUGUCUUGUAAGUAGCAAAAUAGCGGUCAUCGCCAUUGCGCAGAAUUUCAACCCGAGCAGACCUGACACUAUGAACCUUUCAGAUCUUGCCGGCUCCGAUAAUUUCAACCUCACAUCUCACAGUGCUCUGAGCGCAGAAAAACAGAUUUCGCUGUUAAUGUUACUGAUCAUAUUCAUCGUACCUUACGGAUUUUCUUUGCUCAGAUGCUUUUGGGUUGGUGGGUUCAGCUGCACAAUAGCCGGUAGCGGCAAGAAACCAUGGCCAUCGGGAACAGGAGUUUUACUGGGCUUCCUGUCUAGUGCAUUUGAAGUGACGGGCUUGUGGCUGUCAUGCCUGAUUCUGUUCCCGUACAUAAACGGGUUUCUCUGCGUCCUAAUAUCAACAGGCGUGUUUGUGUGGCCCAACAUAUGGAACGCAAUAGAACCGCUUUUAGCCAAGUGCCUCAAAUCCAGGCAGAUGCAAGAAUACACACAGCGACUCCACUUGGACGACGACAAUGACGGCACGGGAAGUAUUGGGUUCACCAUCUACAACAUUGUGGUCGCCUUGGUGAGCGUUGUGGGCCUUAUUCUUCUCAGCGUUGCAGAUAUUGCUGGCGAACUGGGAAGCAAAACCUGGGCUAUUCCCAUUUCAGUACUGCUGCUGUCUUUUGCCUGGUGGCCAACGCUACUGAAGCACCAGUUGCUGAGAUCGGACCAGUACCAGGAGGACCCCGAGGACGCCCUAGGCCGCACCCGAGACCGUUAUGGACAUAAAAAGCCGUACAAGCUUGUACGCUGGAAGUCUGGCAUUCUGACCAGCUUGUGGAAGCUUGGGCUGACGCCUUUUAUUUUGUGGGUCACUGGGCGUGCUUACCUCGACACGGACGACUUCAUUAAGCUGAUGUGGGGGCAGAAUGCCAAGGACACUGCUUUGCUCUUCAGAAACCACCCUUGCUUCCCGUAUUUCCUUGUCAACGUGAUAACAAGCUUCGCAGGGUAUCUUUUCACGUGGUUUGCGGACGCCAUUGACGCUGGAUUCGACAUCAAGCGUAAACUUUUUAGUGCCAUCACGCUGGAGACGUAUCUUUCCCUCUUCUUCAUCCCUCUGGCACUGGCGACACCUAUAGCUGCUCUUGUGGUCGGGGAGUACAGCAUUUGUAGCGCACUUCUUGCUGACUUUGAAUGCAGAUCUCUCACGCCAGGCGAGUUAGGUUACGGCAUCCCUGUUAUCAUUCUACUGUUUACUGUGAAUUUGUUCUCUGUUGGCAGGUACAUUUUUACCAACAAAACGCUUGUCCUGUCUAAAGAGUCGCAGUUGUUUUGGAUCCCAUGCUACAAUGGCGUGCUUUUGGAGCAGUGGCUGUGGCUGAAUAGAAAGACAUAUAAAACUGACCCAGACACUGAAACUCCUGACAAGGCAAAACAAAGAUGCACGGUUUACAUGAAUACUACCAUGUACAAUGAGAGCGCGGAGGAAAUGAGCCAACUUCUCGGGUCCAUAAAAAACGUGCGAGACAACCGGAGCGAAACCUCUCCAAAGUUCCACUCGCACAUAUGGCUUGACGGUGCGUUCGAUACCAAGAGGAAGGGAGACAACCUGGGCAGCAAUGCACUUCGUCUUAUUACUUUGCUGAAAGAAGUGUUUGAUAUCGAACUUCGACACGAGUCGUUCGAAUUCCGCAAAUCAAGAACCAGCUACGGGAUGAGACUGUCUUGGCAGUUUCCCCUGUCGCCAGGCAAACAACAAAAGGUCAGGGAGUUGAAAAAUGAAGACCCCAAGGACUACGUCAUGAGCUUCACCGUUCACCUGAAAGAUAACCGAAAGGUGAAGAACAAGAAACGGUGGAGUCAGAUCAUGUACCUGUCUAUGAUCGUGGACUAUCUAACUGGGAAGCCCAGACCAGGUUCAAGUAGCCCUGACGCCUUGAAGAAAUGGACACAAACCCUGCAGGACACGUUCAUCCUUGCCACUGAUGCUGACGUCAAAUUCAACUGCGACUCAGUGGAGGCUCUGCUUGACGUCAUGAUUCGUGACGACAGCAAGAACGUGAGUGCAGUUUGUGGCAGAACACAGCCACUAGGAUCCAAAGUCCAACCUAUCGUUUCUUAUCAGGUCUUUGAUUAUGCCAUUGGCCAUUGGCUUCAGAAGUGUGCCAACCACAUGCUGGGCAGUGUACUGUGCGCCCCAGGCUGCUUCAGUCUGUACCGUACCUCGGUGCUCAGGAAAGUUGUGGCAGAAUAUGGAAGCAAUACGAACGGUGGCUUUGAGUUUCUGUGCAAGGACAUGGGUGAAGACAGGUGGCUGUGCACUCUUAUGGUCAAGCAGGGCAACCAUCUUGAAUACACUGGUGCUGCCGAGGACAAAACUUUCUGCCCAGAAACAUUCGAAGAGUUCUUCAAACAGAGGCGCCGCUGGAUCGUCUCUACUAUAGCCAACAUGUGGUUGCUGCUCAGUGACUAUGGCAGCAUCUGCGCCAAGAAUGAGAGGAUAUCUCGACCAUUUAUUCUGUACCAGGCGUUCCUAAUGGUCUCCACUCUGAUUGGGCCCGCUACUGUGAUCCUGGUGGUGGCUGGUGGUUUGCAGUAUAGUUAUGGCGUCAACGACAUAGCGCUGGCGAUGGUCUUCGUAGCCAUCUCUGUUUUCUACCUGGUGGUGUGUUUGUUUACGAAGCACGAUACUCAGAUAAUGCUAGCCAUAGUCCUUAGCGCGGCUUUUGCCCUGGUAAUGGCAGCGGCCUUUAUAGGAACCAUACGCCAGCUGGUCAGCGAGUACGGCGACCUGGGCACCAUCCUGGCCACGGAGACUGAUAAUCCCUGGGAGCUUCCCAUACCUGUAAGCUCACUGUACAUCACUGCAAUCACCGGAAUGUUUAUUAUUACCGCCGCCCUCCACCCGACGGAAUUCUUCGACGUAGUUCACGGUUUAACAUAUUUGUUUUUCCUACCCGCUGGAUAUCUUUUCCUUACAAUAUACAGUAUAUGUAAUAUAACGGACCAGUCUUGGGGAACACGUGAAGGUAAAAAAGCGGGACCUGGUGGGGGGUCCACGUGGGAAAGCAUCAUGGCGUUCUUCAAAUCUUGCUGCUGUCCCAGGCCACCUGUGCCCCAAGUCGAGACAGCCACGGUGAAAGAUGAAUCCUCUGAUGAACGCACGAGCAACUACUCGACCAUCAGCCGAGAGAGUAAGCGUUCGAGCAAAGGCCGACCCAUGACAGUUAUACUGGAAGACGAGGAUAGUUCUGAUGACGAAGAACAGGACCCAUCUACCGAAGAGAAAAUCAAUGCGAAGGACUGGCUCUAUUCGCAGUUUUAUCAGGGAGAGAUAAAGGCAUGUGCGUCCUACUUUGUGAAGUUAGGUUACGGGGAUACCACGUUCAUUGCUGGCAUGGGAAGAGAGGAGGUGAGAUCUGUAGGGAUAGUGAAAGAGGACCACAUCGACGACGCUUUGGCUGAAAUUGCACGAUUACCAGCCUUUGAGAUUGAUCCCUGGCUGCCUCAAACAGACGAGGAGAAGCUAUUGUGGAUAAAAAAGGUUGGUCUCAUGGACUACAAAAAACCGCUGUUGGAAAAAUUUGAUGACCUACCAAAGACGACGGAACUUAGCAAACUAAGAAUUAAAUAUGGCAUCCACAAGCCAGGUCACCUUAAACGACUCUACUAUGUUAUCCAAAAGUUACGAGAACCAACGGAAGCUGAGAGUCGGAGUAUGGAGGUACGCCAAGAGGUCGCUGAGUACCAAGACACUCCUCUCUCAAACGAUGAAAGCGCCUUCUGGCAACAGCUGGUGGAAGCAAGGUUAAAGCCAGAACCAAUGUUCAAAGAAAAGAAAAGAGAACUAGAAAGUGAGUUGGUAGAUCUCCGCAAGACGGCGCUGAUGUGGUUUGCUGUGGUCAACACCUUGUGGCUGACCAUUUUUCUGACUCUCGGGAGUCUGGGCAGAACUGAUCCCACCAAGCCGAACUUGUACGUGUUUGGUAACAACCCGUUAGGUUUGGUGUUUUUAUUCAUCUUCUGCAUCCUCCUAAUAAUCCAGUUCUUCGCCAUGUUAGCACACCGUUUGCUCACGUUCGUGCACAUUAUCGCUCGCGCCAAGUUUGACUGUGGAAAACGCCCGGAUGAUGACGUCACUAGCAGCAAUAGACAGACGGUGCAGAUGGAAGAGGUGGAUUACGCCGAAAUCACGCGAUAA